CAUCUCUCCUCCACCGGAAACCCUGCUGUAUCGCAAACUUCGCUUUUAUGUUCCCGGAGGCAGUCGAUUUUCAACAGGACUUCAUCGGUGUGUUGAGUUGGGUCGUCAUGGCCGCCUGAACCAGACUAAAUUCACCCAGUGCGCGGUUCUCAUUCUGUAAUUUACAUACAAUCGAAAGUUUUUUUUGCGGAUUAACUUCAAUAUUUGUUAGGGGGGAAAACAUCCAUGUAAAAACUAACAUGCAGCCUCCGCCAAGAAAGGUCAAGGUUACCCAGGAGCUAAAGCAUACUCAUGCUGAGCAGAUGAGCAGACUCCACAUCAAACACCAGACAGAGUGUGACCUACUAGAGGACCUGAAGACAUUCAGUCAGAAGAAAGCCGCUGUAGAGAGGGACUAUGCCCAGGCUCUACACAAGCUUGCCAAUCAGUACCUGAAGAGGGAAUGGCCGGACAGCCUAUCAGAGGAGCCAAAAGACCACGGGAACAUGUACACGUUGUGGAAGGCAUACCUGGAGGGCAUAGUGCAUGUGAGCCAAACCAGGAUCACGGCCUGUGAGAACUACAGGAACCAAGUGUCGGACCCUGCCAAGACUGCCAGGCUGCAGAAGGAGCAGCAGCUCCGAAAGUGUAUUGACCAGCUGAUGCUGGUGCAGGCAGAGCUGCAGGACUCGGUGAAGGAGCUGGCUAAGACCAGGAAGAAGUAUCAGGAGACAGAGACCAUGGCCCAGGCCGUCAGGGACAAGGCCGAGCAGGACGCCAAGUCCAAACUGAGUCUCUUCCAAUCCAGGUCCAGUCUGCAGAGGGCAAGUGUAAAGCUGAAAGCCAAGAGGAGUGAGUGUAACUCCAAAGCCACCCAUGCCAGGAACGACUAUCUCCUCACGCUAGCUGCGGCUAACGCUCACCAGCAGCGCUAUUACGACACCGACCUGAUCGACUGCAUUAAGGUCCUGGAUGGGAGCAUCUAUGAGCAGGUGAAGGACUACCUGGUCUCUCUGUGCCAGAUGGAGCUUGAGUCCUAUCAGGCUGUUCACAACACUUUCAACAUCCUCCUGGAGAACUCCAAUGGGAUGAUGCAGGACUUUCACCAGCAGCAGUUUGUACAGCAGAAUCAAGUGUUCCACAGUACCCCAGCCAUCCUCUUCCAGCCCAUCAACACUGACACGGUGGGGCAGUUGCAGAAGGAGAGUGGCACAGUGGAGGAGCACAGUCUGGAUAAGGAGGCACGGAAGUGGGCGACCCGAGUGGCACGAGAACACAAGAGCAUCAUCCACAGUCAGAGGGCCCUGGAGGACUAUGGGACCCAACAGGGGCUUUCGGAGCAGAACCGCAGCGAGCUAGAGCUCAAGAUGGAGGAGGCCAGGGAGAACCUGCGGAGAGCAGAGACCGUGAAGCUGAAGGCAGAUGCUCGUCUGGCUCUACUGAGAGAGGCAGGCAUCACAGUGGAGACGUGGCUGAAGAGCGCCAUGAACCAGGUGAUGGAGGAGCUGGAGAAUGAGCGGUGGGCCAACCUCAAUGCCCAUGAUCUUUCACUCUCCGGUACAGGUGACCUAGAGAGGGAGGAGGAUGAAGAUAGUGGAGAGGUGUUGGACGACAGCAGCUCCAGCCCCUCCAGUACCCUCAGGAACUACCCCCUCACCUGCAAAGUGCUCUACUCAUACAAGGCGUCUCAGCCAGACGAGCUGACCAUCGAGGAACAGGAGGUGCUGGAGGUUAUCGAUGAUGGGGACAUGGAGGACUGGGUCAAGGCCAGGAACCAGACAGGCCAGGUGGGCUAUGUCCCGGAGAAGUACCUGCAGCUGCCCUCGUCCAACAGCCUAAUGAGCAUGCUCCAGUCUCUGGCCGCCCUGGACGCUCGCUCCCACUCCUCCAGUAACUCUACCGAGCCCGAGCUGGCCGAGUCAGAGCUGCACACGCCAGGCACACCUAUCGUCAACGGAGACUCCAGCGGUGUGUGCUUCGCCAAGGCCCUGUACGACUACGCGGGCCAGACAGGUGAGGAGCUCUCGUUCCCUGAGGGUGCCAUCAUCCGUGUGCUGAGCCGCGAGACCUACGAGGAUGACGGUUUCUGGGAGGGCGAGUUCAAUGGCACCGUGGGUGUCUUCCCUGCUGUGCUUGUGGAGGACCUUCUGGCAGCGGGUGGUGCCAGUGGAGACAGCGAGAAUGGCGACGUCUCAGGAGAGGCCAGCAGCAAUCCGCAGGCGUCCCCCGCUCCUCUUUCCGAGUGCUCUCCACAGAGUCCCUUCCUUCUGGGCCCGUUCCAUAGCAGCCCCCUCCUGACCCCCACUCUGCCCUCGCCCCAGUCCAGCCCCUCCAGUGCCAGCGCCUCCCCCCAUACCCCGCCCCCCCUCCAUCAACGGCCACCAUAGGCCACCGCCCGCACCACUCAAAGGCCACUUGCAAAGCACAAUGUCACUACCCUGUAGUGAUUUCUAUGCCAAGACGUGGUGAUGAUGACUGUCUGCCCCCCUCACCUUCAGGUCCUGCCCAGAACUCCACCCAGCCCCCCAGGUACCCAACAGAUGGUGGUGCGGGGGCCACCAUUCGACCUGUCCGCGCUGCCCCGCCGCCCCCCAAGCCGCAGCAGCCUCGUGGCCAGGUGAAGAAGAGGGAGGAAGUGGAGAUCACGCUGGUGUAACACCGCCGCCGAGAUCAGACCUGGUGGAUCCAGGUCCCUGACCGACUCUUUUUCUCUCUGGCUAGCUCCCUCGCCUUCAUAACUGGGCAUUGAGCAAAGGGGGGGGGGGCUUGCCUUGUUGUUCGAGCAAGAUAUCGCCAUUGGAUUACUAUUCAACUAAGUGUUACUAAUUUUGUGAGAGGAUUGUACAUCUGUCACAAUGUUUUUUUUUUAAACACAGCUAAAUUCCAAGCCAGAUCUCUGUUUGGUUCUUGGUAGAUUGUGUUAAUGUUGUCUCCGCACAUUUCAGGGAAAUUGACAACACGGUAGAGGCGGGUAUCACUCCUGUACCUGAAAUACGUCUUUAAAAAGUGUUUCCAACAUUUCAUAAACAAGGGAAAAGUGGCAAUUUUGGAGGGGUGUAAUUGUUUAAGAUAGGAAUAGCCCCAUUGAGGGAAAAAUCUGGGUCACACUGUGAAACUAGAACAAAACUGCCCCUGACAUGUAAAUUUACUACUCUUCUAAAUGUAUUUGUACAACUUCCUUGUGUUAACUUGGGACAUUUCAAGAUUGCCAGGUGCCGUCUAUAGUGUAUGUAUGAGUAAAUGUAGACUAUGUUUGUGCUACUUUUUGUUGUAAAAACAAAGAUCUAACUAUGUUGUCAUCAAUACUAAUCUAGGCGUAAACUAGCCAAUAAUGGUUGCUGGUGAGAAUAGUUUUUUUCAGUCAGGAAUGCAGACUGGGUCUCAGUUAAAGACUGAAAGCAUUGCAAGGUGAUUUGCAGUUGUGCAGUGCGUCCCUGGGUCAGACCAUGAGUCAGACGUGCCUUAAAGUUCCCGGAAGAGAAUCUCCAUAGUUCCUAAUUCCCCACAGGAAGUGUGAACUGACUGAAAUACUGAAGCACUUUUUUGAUAUUCUGUUAUGCUCUUUUCAGUAUUGCUGCUUGGUCUCUCUCGUGGUUGCUGCAUUGUUUGUCAACUAAUUUUUUUUUUGCUCCAUCUAUAUCGGUAUGAGUAUUGUUCUCCUUGUGAAAUGCAUUUGAUUUAUGUCGCCAAAAAAUAUAUAUUUGUUUACGUUGGGAGGUAUGAUUGAUUUUAUUUGAUGUAUGCUUUUUAAUUGUAUCAUUUAAAUAUUAAUAGUUUAGAGCUUUGAGAUGGAUAGCUGUGCAGCAAUUUUACAUUAAGGAUUAAAACAUACGGAAACGUAUAAAUUGUUGAUCAUAGGAAAUCAGGAAUCUGUCAGCCACGUUGCUGUGUUCUCGUUGAUCUCCUUGAGAUUUGAAUGUCAAACUUAUUUUGAAGUUUACCCUGUUAUAUUGAAAAAAAUACAUGUGGUUGUGAAAUACUUUGACACAAACAUUAAGUAGUUUGUCAUUAUGUUCCUGAUUUAUUUUCAGUAUCUUCAGAGAUACGGUAGAAACAAACAGCCCACUCUGAUGUAGCAUCUGCAGCAAUAGCAGAACAUCUAAAUUAUUUAAUUGGAUAUUAAGAUUUUUUUUUGUUAAAAUAAAUAUGGAAUAAAAUUGGCUGAAAUCA